AUCGACAAAUUUUGGAGUUUUGAAAAUGAUAGUAAUGAAGAAUUAAAAGAAGAAUGCCGAAAAAUGAUUUCGAGAAUUGACAUUUAUGGCAAAUUUUAUAUGUCGUUUAAUUUUUUGACAAUGCUAAUCGUGAUUAUUUUGUCGCUGUUUUCAACAAGAGAGGGUUUAUACUAUUCGUACAUACCAAAACGUAUAGGAUUGAUUCCAAUUUGGUUCCUUCAAUUAUAUCUCUACCCAAGUAUAAUAACAUCGGUAUAUAUGUUCGAUAUUUUGAUUUAUAACAUGUUGCAAUUGAUAAUAAUGCAAAUAAAACUUUUAAAAUCUAAGAUUACUACAGUGAGUUUUGAAAAAACCAGUUGUGUCCAAAUGAGACAAAUUAUACUUAAGUAUCAUCAACACCACAUGUUUUUAGUAAGAUACACAAAACGGCUAAAUGACACUAUGGCCUUAACAUUUUUUGUCCAGUUAGGUAUAACUGUAAUAUCUCUGUGUUCUGAGAUUUACAUAUUACAAUCAAAAAUUGAUCUGUCCUAUGGAAUAAAUGGAGUUGCUUAUGUUGCACAAAGUUUUUUUCAAAUAUAUGUACUGUAUUGCAAACCUUGUCAGGACGUUUCAGAUCAGAGUAUGGAAAUCACCGAUAGUUUGUUUGGCACUGAUUGGUAUAACUCAGAUAAUGAAUCACUCAAAAAAUUGUUUUUAAUGGUUAUGAUGAAAUGUUCAGAGCCAAUUACAAUAUCUACUUUUUGUGGUGUUUAUAAUAUAAACUUAAUGGCAUGUGUGGCGGUAUUUAAAACGACCUAUUCUUUCUAUUCAUUUUUGAAUACAGUCGAAGCAAAAGAAAAUUAAUUCAUUUAUAUGAAACACAAUAAGUAGUAAAGACCAUGUAGAAAUUAAGUUUCCACAAGAGAUUCAAGUAGUAGAAAGUAUACUAUAAAAUGGUGCACAGACUACGAAAUAGUUAUAAACUUUUUUAUGUGCAAGAUACCUUCGUAAAUAUCAAAUUUGUCUACAACUGUAAAUUUUUAUACGUAUUAUUCUGUUGAAGGUUUUAUGUCUUUCAGCGUAACUUAUGUAUCCAUAUUUUGAAUUAUUUUAUGUUAAAAUUUAAACAUUACUUAGCUGUUUACAUCAUUUUAAUCCACUAAUUAUAUUUAGUAACAAAAAUAUAAAUGUAAAGUAAUACUGUAAAAACCACGGAUUUAACUAAUGACCACAAAUUUUUCCUUAUAGAUUUUUUUAUAAUUAAAUGCACAAACAACAGCACGUUUACCUUAAACAAACAAAGAUGUCACAUAUUUAGAGUAAUAAAUAAUUAGUUGA